AUGAACCUUUCAGCUGUCAGAUCAAUCGUUUCAUUCUUAUCACUAAAUGCUUUGCUCUAAAUUUACGAGAAUCAACCCGUAGAAUUCUGGGACUCUAAUCAAAUGAUGUCACAUCCUAAACUUACUCCUAUAUUUUAAUCAAAUUAGUAUAUUAAUUUAAUUGCUGGUCUUGCUUCGAUUGCUCUAUUAGAUAAGAACAACAAAUUGUAUUUGAGUAACGGCGUUUUAGUAGGAGCAUCAGUCAUCAUAUAAAAUUUGAAUUUAUUCAUGCCUAAAACUAUGAAUAUGAUAACAAUUUACUUCUAACUUAUUGUAUUAAUUGUUCAGCUGUUUUAAUUGCUGUCCUUUUAUUAUGAUAAAAUUCCACCUGCUAUGCCCAUAAUUAAAUAAGAUAUUAUGAAAGAAUAAAAGCAAACCAGGAAGCCUCAUCAAAGGAAGAUGGUUUCUAACAAAAAAAAAGAGAAGCUAUAGCAAAAAGAAUAACAGCCAGAACAAAUUCAAUAGAUUGAAGGAAUAGAACAAGAACAAUAGGACAAAUCAGAAGUUGAAUCUAUCGAAAACGACUUCAACGAAUUCAUGAAACCAUAGUCAACUGAUUAAACUGUGACAGAAAUAGAAACUGAAAAUCUUUACGAAAUCAAUCAUGCUGAUCUCUCACAAAUAUCUUAAACAAAAGAAGAUGCAAAAUUAACUUUCCAAUUGAAAUUCAAUGGAGAAGUAUCUACUUUAAAUUGUACUUUUGAUACAUUCGAUUCUGCAAUGAGCAUUCUCAACUCAACACACACAUCAGAAUAAAUUAAAUAAAUCAAAAUACAUUUGUUACUCAAUCUCUAUGAUGAAAAUGAAGACUGUACUUGUAGACUCUGGUGUUUAAAGAAGCUUCUAAUGCUUAAUUGAUUAUAGAAUUCUAUAAAUUUGCUCUUUGUGUGAUUUAUUAUUAAUAAGUUAAAUCAUUAAUUCACUAAAUAUAGUAA